GUAAUAUAAAGCCUGUGUAAUUUCCUUUACCUUCCACCUUAGCAUUGAGAGUAAGCAUGAGGUUACAAUCCUGGGAGGACUCAAUGAAUUUGUAGUGAAAUUUUAUGGACCACAAGGAACACCAUAUGAAGGCGGAGUAUGGAAAGUUAGAGUGGAUCUUCCUGAUAAAUACCCUUUCAAAUCUCCAUCUAUAGAUUCCAUAUUAUCAGAGAAAGGAAGAAACAGAAAAGAGGAUCCCUUGUUGAGUUUAGAUCUCCUGAACACACACAGGAUCAGUUCAGAAGUUCCCAUGACACAGGGCAUUGAGAGUGAGCUCCUUGCUUGGUUCCUCACCCAAGUCCAUCUCUCCUGAGUAGGGACAGCUCAGCUCUCUGAAAGGACUUCUGCCUGGGUGGAGGCUGCCAUGGCUGGGCCUGGCUGUCUGAGGAUUCAUGAAUAAAAUUUUCCAUCCCAACAUUGAUGAAGCGUCAGGAACUGUGUGUCUAGAUGUAAUUAAUCAAACUUGGACAGCUCUCUAUGAUCUUACCAAUAUAUUUGAGUCCUUCCUGCCCCAGUUGUUGGCCUAUCCCAACCCCAUAGAUCCUCUCAAUGGUGAUGCUGCAGCCAUGUAUCUUCACCGACCAGAAGAAUACAAGCAGAAAAUUAAAGAGUACAUCCAGAAAUAUGCAACGGAGGAAGCACUGAAAGAGCAGGAAGAGGGCACCGGUGACAGCUCGUCGGAGAGUUCUAUGUCUGACUUUUCGGAAGAUGAGGCCCAGGAUAUGGAGUUGUAGUAGAAAAAGCACCUGCUUUUCAGAAAGACUAUUAUUUCUUAACCAUGAGAAGCAGACUAUAAUAUUCAUAUUUAAACAAAGCAAUUUUUUUUAUUACUAAACAAGGUUUUUAUGAAUAAUAGCAUUGAUAUAUAUAUAUUAUAUAUCACCCUUUAGAUCUUGAUUUCUUGGUCAUUUCUCAACCUGAGGUGCAUAGCAUAUUCCCACAUUCCAUUUUGGUAGCAAUAUGCGAUCUGAAUGCAUGCAUUCAUAAGUCCAUUUGGCCAAGUCAGCCUGUGUGCUACUGAACUGUCAAAAGAAAUAGCCGCUCUGAUAGAUAGACAUGAGUAAAAAUAACAGGAAAAAGUUGCUUCUUUUAUUGAUGGUUCCAAAGAAACAAACCAAACCAACCAGCUCUUGGACGUGAAGAUAGAAUAGUGCUUUUUCAAAAUGGAAAGGAAAAAAUUGGGGAGGAAAAGGCCUGCUGUGGGAGCAUUUAGAGCCAGCCACGUCAGAAUCAGAGCGCUCCCUCCUGUGAUUCCAGGUGGCCUCGUUUCUGUGGAGUAACAGUGUAAACAGGGAGCUAAUUGGAGUAUUGAAACUUAAACCAAUUUUUGACUCGGAUUUUAAGUACAUUUUUAUAUGUAGAUUCCUGCCCUUCUGGCUACUCAGCCCUGCAGCCACGAGUGUAUUGCUUUGGAGAACCUUUGGAAGUUUUCUGAACCUGAUUCUUUCUCAUGGGGUAGAGCUUAUUGUAAUCCAGACCUUUUUUGAGGGGACAGGACAGGAAGAGAGAAGUGACUGGGAAGAUGUUUCCUCUCAUCCAACACGUGCAGAGUCACAUCCUCAUCCUGUUGUUGGCCACUUGGAGACCACUAUCCUGGACUAAGCUUUAAAUUGAGGGUGGCUGUGGGUUAUUUUUGUUUUGGGGGUUUGGGUUUUUUGGUGUGUGUGUGAAUUGUGCUUAGGUUACAAAUUUAAUCUUCACCUGCCAAGAGAUGGCCUCCUCCUUGGACAGCCGCUCAGUGGACCAUUAGACUUGGGAAGAAGACCCUUCCGAUGGCUGUGACUCCUGGGUACUCUCAUUCUUGGUUUGGUUUUGGUUUUGGUUUUCCUUCUGCUGCUGCUCUUGGCAGCGGCCUGGUCAUCAUCUGCUUGUGGGUGUGGAAAAUGGGUAUUUUAGACCCAACACACAUUCUAAAUUUCAAAUGAGUAAAAAUUGGAACAAAUAAAGGUUCUUGUACCCAAA